AUCUGGCAGAGUGCUGACAAACACCACACAGGGGAGAAUAUGUAGGACAGAGGCACUGGUCAAGGCCAGUCUGCUAUCAUGAGGUAAAUAAUUAACAAUGGUUUUAUAUAAUUUCACCUGAAGAUGCACCUCCCAUCAUAAAACUCCCAUAAGUCCUUCUAUGGCAAUCUGUAAGAGGCACAACAGCAGUAAAAGACCAUAAACACAGAGGGCCCCUUCACCAAGUGAACUAACAGAAGAGAAAAGGUGGGGCUAUAACAGAGGAUAGAACGCUCCUAUUCAAACACACACACACUGCCUGUUCACACAGCAGAGAAACAUGGCAGUGUUGCAAGGCGGUUUCACGGUUCCUUUCCUCGUAGUCAGCGUCUUCAUCGCUGCCCUCACCUACAUCACCUACAAGCUGCUCAGCGACUAUCUGCAAAAAUGGUUCCAGAUGAAGCCAAUCCCUGAGGUGGGGGGGACGUACCCCUUCAUCGGGAAUGCACUGCAGUUUAAAAGUAACGCUGGAGAUUUCUUUCGUCAAAUUGAGGAUUACACCAAAGAGUUUGCUAGUGCACCCCUGCUCAAACUGUGGAUUGGACCAGUCCCGUUCGUGGUUCUGUUCCAUGUUGAAACUGUGGAGCCGAUUGUGUCCAACCCUGUUCACAUGGAGAAAGCUAUCGUGUAUAAAUUCCUUCAUCCCUGGCUUGGAACGGGCCUCCUCACUAGCAAUGGGACCAAGUGGCGUCAGCGAAGAAAGAUGUUGACUCCCACCUUCCACUUUUCCAUCCUGGCGGACUUCUUGGAGGUGAUGAACGAGCAGGCGGAGGUCCUGGUGGAGAAGCUGGAGAAGCAGGCGGGGAAGGGUCCAUUCAACUGCUUCAGCCACAUAACCCUGUGUGCAUUGGACAUCAUCUGUGAAACUGCGAUGGGAAAGAAAGUGUACGCCCAGAGUAAUUCAGAUUCAGAGUAUGUGAAGAGUGUUUAUAAAAUGAGUGACAUCAUCAGCCGCAGACAGAGGAAGCCUUGGUUCUGGUCUGACUUUGUGUACUACUACGUAGGUGAGGGUCAGGAGCACAACAGGAUUCUCAAGAUCCUGCACUCCUUUACAUACAAAGUGAUAAAUGAAAGAGCAGAGUACAUUUCCAACAGUGACUCAGACAGCGAGUCUGAAAACGGCAUCAAGAAGAGACGAGCGUUUCUGGACAUGCUCCUAAAAACCACGGAUGACGAAGGCAACAAGAUGAGCCACCAGGACAUUCAGGAGGAAGUGGACACCUUUAUGUUUGAGGGACAUGACACUACAGCAGCCUCUAUGAACUGGGCCCUGCAUCUACUGGGCUCUCACCCCGAGGCGCACCGCAAAGUUCAACAAGAGCUCGACGAGGUGUUCGGUACAUCUGAUCGGCCUGCUUCCACAGAAGACCUGAAGAAGCUUAAAUACCUGGAUUGUGUGAUCAAGGAGGCCCUGCGACUGUUCCCCUCUGUGCCUUUCUUUGCCCGCUGGAUCCGUGAGGACUGCCAUAUCAAUGGUUUUAAGGUGCCCAAAGGAGCCAAUGCCAUCAUCAUCCCAUAUGCUCUCCAUCGUGACCCUCGGUUCUUCCCUGAGCCCGAGGAGUUCAGACCUGAACGCUUCCUACCUGAGAAUUCAGUGGGGAGGCCUGCGUAUGCUUACAUCCCCUUCUCUGCUGGACUCCGCAACUGUAUCGGUCAGCGUUUUGCACUGAUGGAAGAAAAGGUAAUCUUGUCAUCUGUUCUGCGUAACUUCAACGUGGAAGCCUGUCAGACACGAGAGGAGCUGCGGCCGGUGGGAGAACUCAUCCUGAGACCAGAGAAUGGCAUCUGGAUCAAACUGGAAAAGAGGAAACCCCAGACCUCAUAAAACUCUCUGUAUUAUUUCUGAAUUCUUCCUCCUUUGGUGCUCGGUGUUUACGGUUUGUCCUUCCUAAUUUAAACGCACGCACUGUAAUGUUUUCUAAAUAACCCAGGAGAAGUCAGGGAGAGUGGUGACCUCUGUGUUUAGGUUUUAGAAUUUUCUCAUCAUCUUUGACCUCCUAAUUACAAAAAGUAAGCUCAGUAAAAAUAAAGCUAGAUCUUAAUUUGUUGACAUUGUUAGUUUUAGUUUAAAAAAAGGCUUCAUGAGGCAAUAAACUUGCCCCGUCCAUCAUCAACUGUUUGCUGUUUUUGUUACUCAAAAACGGAUUUAACACAAAAAACAACUGUUCAAGUGAACUGUUCAAUUCAAAUCCUUCAAAACCUCCUAAGUGCUCAGCAAUCAUUGCCUUAGAAAAUCAUAAAGAAGCUCCAUUAAACUCAUCUUUAGAGUACAAACAUACUACUCACUAAACAAAAUGUAUUGUUUUUUGUCCUUUAAUAGCCAUAAUUGUUGAUAAAAAGUAUUUAAACACCAUGUUUCAGAUGCAUAAGAUGUUCUGUUUUCAAUGAAUUUUGAUGAAAGGUAUACAACAAAUGAAUAAAUGAAUCUUGUGCUGUACCA